GCGGCGGCUGCUCCUGUGCCUGCCGGCCGCGGUGGCCGCCAUGGUGUUGAGCAUGCAGCCCGACCUGUUGCCGGGCAGCGCGUGCGGACCCGUCGUGGUGUCGCUGGCGGCGGUGGUGCUGCUCUUCGGGGGCGCGGGCUUCCACGCCUCCGCGGCGGGCUCGCUGCGGCACUGCGGGCCGCGCCCUCGGCGCUCGGCGGAGAGAGCGGCGGUCGACGGCGGGGGCAUGUGA